GGUGCGGGCGCUCCGAGGCUAGAGGGAAGCAGAAGGGAUCAGGAGCGGGAGCUCAGGGGAGGGAGAGGCCGGUCCGGCUCUCGCCGCUGCAGCUGCUAACCUGAGGUCUCCAGAUCCGGCUGCGGCUCGGCCCUCGGCCCCUGGGCAUUAUCCGAGAGGCUCCGCCGGCCAGCGUGGGAGAGUCGCGGGCGGCAGCCGCCGCAUCAUGUCAGCCAAGGACGAGCGGGCCAGGGAGAUCCUGAGAGGCUUCAAACUCAAUUGGAUGAACCUUCGGGACGCCGAAACAGGGAAGAUUCUCUGGCAGGGGACCGAAGACCUGUCUGUCCCUGGUGUGGAACAUGAAGCCCGAGUUCCCAAGAAAAUCCUCAAGUGCAAAGCGGUGUCCCGAGAGCUAAACUUCUCUUCAGCCGAGCAGAUGGAAAAAUUCCGCCUGGAGCAAAAGGUUUACUUCAAAGGCCAGUGCCUGGAAGAGUGGUUCUUCGAGUUUGGUUUCGUGAUCCCCAACUCCACAAACACCUGGCAGUCCUUGAUAGAGGCUGCGCCCGAAUCCCAGAUGAUGCCUGCGAGCGUCCUCACCGGGAACGUCAUCAUAGAAACAAAGUUUUUUGACGAUGACCUCCUGGUCAGCACGUCCAGAGUGAGACUUUUCUACAUCUGAGCCAGAACUCACGCGCUUGUGGAGCUGCGCACGAAAGAGGAAACGUUUGCUUCUUCCUCGGCUCAGCUGAGUUUCCCAGACUCCCGAUCCGGGACCAGACCGCAGGUAACCAGGCGGCUAUUUCCCGGCCCAGCCGCGCCUCCCACCGCCCUUAGGGGCAGGGCUCAGCCGCACCUGUUACUGGAGGCUUCCGUGGCCCUGGGUUUUGGGAAAAAAUUCACGAUUCUGCCCCAUGUUUAGCUUUUUCCUACCAUUUCUAUUUGGUACAUUCUCAUACAUUUAACUUGUAAAAUAGACUGCAAUAUUAUUUCAUAAUGUAAUUAAAACAUGAAUUAAAAUA